CCACUAUGUAGUCAAGUAUUAUGGCAGCUAUUUUAAGAACACUGACCUGUGGAUAGUAAUGGAAUACUGCGGGGCAGGAUCAGUCUCAGACAUUAUUCGAUUACGGAAUAAAACUCUAACAGAAGAAGAAAUUGCAACUAUCCUCAAAUCCACAUUAAAAGGUCUGGAAUAUCUCCAUUUUAUGAGAAAAAUCCACAGAGAUAUUAAAGCUGGAAAUAUCCUCCUGAACACUGAAGGUCAUGCAAAACUAGCAGAUUUUGGAGUGGCAGGCCAACUAACGGAUACAAUGGCUAAGCGUAAUACUGUGAUAGGAACUCCUUUUUGGAUGGCUCCUGAAGUUAUACAAGAAAUUGGAUAUAAUUGUGUAGCAGAUAUCUGGUCAUUGGGCAUAACCUCUAUAGAAAUGGCAGAAGGAAAGCCUCCCUAUGCAGAUAUUCAUCCAAUGAGGGUGAGACUUAAGUUCUAUUCUAUAAUUACUUUUAUAUAGACAUAAAACAUGGUUUUAUU